AUGGAGAGAAUCCACGUCACUGUUAGAGCAAGACCGUUAUCAGCAGAAGACGAAAAAUCUACUCCAUGGAGAAUCUCCGGCAACUCCAUUUCCAUCCCUAAUUACUCCAAUAAAUUCGAAUUCGAUCGCGUUUUCGGGGAAGAGUGUAAGACGGAGGAGGUUUAUAGAGCGAAAACUGAAGAAAUCGUUACUGCUGCCGUUCGUGGAUUCAACGGGACUGUAUUUGCAUAUGGACAAACUAAUAGUGGAAAGACGCAUACAAUGCGAGGGUCAGCUACUGAGCCUGGUGUGAUUCCUCUUGCUGUGCAUGAUUUGUUUCAUAUAAUACAACAGGAUGUGGACCGGGAGUUUCUUUUGAGAAUGUCUUACAUGGAGAUAUAUAAUGAAGAUAUUAAUGACUUAUUGGCUCCUGAGCAUCGAAAGUUGCAGAUUCAUGAAAGUAUAGAGAGGGGAAUUUACGUGGCUGGAUUGCGUGAAGAAAUUGUUGCCUCUCCCCAACAAGUUCUUGACCUUAUGCAGUUUGGAGAAUGCAAGUUAUCUUUUGACUUCCUGCACAUUGGGGAGACAAACAUGAACUUGUAUAGUAGUAGGUCCCACACAAUUUUCCGCAUGAUUAUUGAGAGUCGGGAUAGAACUGAGGAUGAGGAUAUUAACAACUCAUGUGAUGCUGUACGUGUAUCAGUUUUGGUGCGUGAUCCGAAUUUGGUUGACCUUGCUGGUUCUGAACGUGCGGCAAAAACUGGGGCAGAAGGUGUUCGACUCAAAGAGGGAUCACACAUAAACAAAAGUUUGAUGACACUUGGCACUGUCAUUAAGAAAUUGAGUGAGGGUGCUGAAAGCCAAGGGGGUCAUGUUCCAUAUAGAGAUAGCAAGCUCACACGCAUUUUGCAGCCCGCACUGGGUGGAAAUGCAAAUACAGCUAUAAUAUGCAACAUAACUCUUGCACAGAUUCAUGCAGACGAGACAAAGAGCAGUCUACAAUUUGCUAGCAGAGCGUUGCGUGUCACAAAUUGUGCUCAUGUGAAUGAGAUUUUGACAGAUGCUGCCUUGUUAAAGCGUCAAAAGAAAGAAAUCGAGGAGCUUCGGGAGAAAUUACAGGGUUCUCAUUCUGAACAUCUAGGAAAGGAGAUUCUCAACCUCCGAAACACAUUAUUACAGUCUGAACUGGAGAGGGAACGCAUAGCUUUGGAAUUGGAGGAAGAAAAGAGAGCUCAAGUUGAACGAGAGAAGGUUCUGCAAAAGCAAGCCGAGAAAAUAAAAAACUUGAGCUCAAUGGUUUUGUACUCAAAUCGGGAUGAGAAUCGGGAUCAACAUAAGAGGGGUAAGAGACGAGACACAUGGUGCCCCGGGAAUCUUGCACGUGAGACUCUUCAACAGGUGGAUCCCAAUAUCCAGUCAAGGGCUUCUGCUGUAAAACCAAAGAGAGAUAGAAGUGAUUUGGGACCGCUUUUACCAUUUCAAGAAUUGGUUGCAGAUGAUGUCAAUAUGCAACGCGAAGAUUGUAAAAGUAAAGCGUCAGAAGACUGCACCCUUCCUAAUCCAUAUUCACUAUUGCAUGUGACAAAUAGGAGAAAGGCGCCACCUAGGAAGAAAGGCUCCCCUGCGGAAGACAAUGAAUGGGCAGAAAUACAAGUGGAAUACGAGGACUUGCUUCUAAAGUUUGAAACUCAGAGAACUAUGAGUGAGAUACAGAUUGAUUGUCUAAGAACACAGCAUGCUGAGGCCAAUUUGUUUCAAUGUGCGAAAUGUAGUAAUUGUCUCACUUCCGCUAGCAAUAAAAGUACCAAUAAUUUGGACAAAAACGUAAGUUUAAGGGAGUCAGAGGCUAUUAUUGUGAUCAAACAACUUCAAGAAAAGAUUAAAAUGUUAGAAAUGGAGAAGUCCUCGAGUCAACAAAAUCUAAACAGUGUUGUUGAGCUAGCAACAGAGCAAAGUAUAUGUGCUAGGGAGACGUUUGAAGAGCUCCAUGAAGAGCUCCAGAGUGCACGAGAGGAGGCAAGGAUUGCUCAUAAACAACUUAGCAUUGUUGAUGUUUCAUUGGAGAUUGAAGAUAUCGUGUCUGAAGUUAAGAACUCAACAGAAGUUGUUGAAAGCUGUUCCUCUCUUUUGGAUGACGUUUUCCAGAUUUUUUCUGCUAUAUUUAAUGCAUUAAGAGAUUUCAAGGUUUCGAUCUGCCAGAGCUCUAAUGAACAAGAAUUAAUUGUUAGUAGUCAUGAGAAGCUAUACCAUUGUCUAAAGCAAAAACUCGAAGAAGUGGAGAAUGAAAAGGCACUGACAGAACAACAGAAUUUUGAAAAAGAGGAAUUUUUUUCUCAAAUUCAAAAUCUUCAAAAGGAAUUAUCAUGUUUAUCUUCUUGUUCCUUGGCGAAAGAAAAGGAAAAUUUGAGAAAAGAUCUUGAGAAAACAAAAGUAAAAUUGAAAGAGACUGAGUUCAAGCUCAAGAAUGCGGUUCAAGAGAAAACCAAACUUGAGGGUGAAAAAGCAUUUGCUGAAAGGGAGGUAAAACGAUUGCAUGGUCAGAAGACUCUUCUUCAGCGUGAUAUUAGCAAACGUGACUCACUGGCUGGGAGAAGGCGUGAUUCAAUGGCUGACAGGAGUUCAAAGAUGUUUGAUCCAAAAAGUUCUAAGGGUCUUGCAGCUUCUUUUGAUCAGACAAUGCAGGAAGAUCACAGAAAGUUGGAAGUUCUUGCAUUUGAAAUGGAAGCAACUAUUGCUUCUUUUGAAGAGGAACUAGCCGCUGCACACAACGAAAAGGAAAAGGCUAUAUCAAGAAAUGAAAGUUUGGCUUCAGAGUUGGAAGCCUUGACAGAAAAGCUUAACAUGUCAAAUGCUGAAGUGAAUAUGUUGCAGGAAGAUGUUUCUCGCCUUAGACUAAAAUUGGAAGAAUCCACAUUGGACCGGCAAAAAAUGGAAAGUUCUAUAAGUUUGUUAGCAGAACAAAAGGAAGAGUUGGCAAUGCAACUUAGUGAUUCCCUUUUGGAAAUGGAGGAGGAAAAGGCAUAUAGGUUUGCCAAAGAGAAAGCUUCCAUUGAAGUCAUAGAAGAAAACACGAAGUUACAAAAUGCAGAGAUUACAGCAUUGUCCAAAGCAAUGUCGGAGGUUAGAAACGCAUUGGAGUCCUGUAGGGAAGAAUGCAGGGGCCUCAGAGAGAAAUUGGCAUGUUCCGUGGAAAAUGCUGAGCGGGAGAAGAAAUCAAGUGCAGAGAAGUCUCUAGAGAUUGAUCAACUGAAAAAUCAUCUGAUAAGGGUUGAUAUUGAGAGCAAACAAUCUCAAGAGAUGUUGAAAUCAGAUUUGGACACUUUCUCCAUGGAACUUGAUUGUGCUCGUGGGAAAGUGAAUGCACUUGAGAAGGAGAUGAGUAUUGUGAGCAAGGAGCGAGAAGAUCUAUUGUCUCAAGUUAAAGCGUUGGAUACAAGAUUAGAACCACAAAACAACUUCCAGAAUCUUCAAAACCAACUACUCAGUAUAACAAGUGAAAGGGACAAGUCGAUGAGACAUUGUGAUGACAUGUUACUGGAGGCAAAAGUUCAAGUUGAGGAUCUGAAUGGGAGAAUCUCUAGCAUGGAGGCCAAAAUGAAGAAUGACGAAGCCAUCAACCGCAAGGAAAAGGCAAAACUUAAAAUGAGGCUUCGCGGGACACAAGCAAAGUCAGAUGCCUUCCAUAUCAGAUACAAAGAAGCAGUAAAUGAGUUGGAAUUCAUGAACAGAAAAUACGAGGUGGCUUCAAAGAAGCUGAAGGACCGGUUAGCUUCCUAUGGAAUUGAGAUCCUCAACCUCAAGAAGCAAAUCGCUGCAUCGGCAGAGCAAAGAACUGAUCAUUAA